AUGGCACGACGACGUUUGUAUCACACUCCUGAGGAACAGGCAGAGGCAGCUCGCAGAUAUAGACACAGUUAUUAUGAAAGAAACCGCAAAGAUGUCCUCCUCAAGAACAAGGAACGCUAUCUUCAUCGUAAAUCCAACUCACGCAUCAUUGUAAACGAUGUUGACAGCGAAAGCACCCGCUGCCCCAUCAAAGAAACUGCCAAGCCACCUGCACCUGUGAAGCUGCCUGUGGCAUCCUCACGGCAACUUACCAAGAACAAGAUGGACAACUGUUAUAAACCACUGGACAUCAAGAGUCGCUUAACGAGGCUCCUUGGUGGCCAUGGAAUUUCACUGCGAGAAUACCUUGACACGAUCUGCAAAUCUUUAUUAGGCCAGACUAGCAAUACUCUCGACGUCGAAGAUAUCCGUUCGGCCAUUGACGCUGCUCUGAAGUUGGAGAAAACUGUGCAUACUGAGGAGGAUGGGGUCCUGCAGCGCUAUGGUGUUGGACCAAAGCUCCUACACGUCCAAUCUGUGAGCAAGGAUGUGCGCUACCUUCUGAGUGCAUUGGAGGAAAUUUUUCUCUACAUUCUCUCAGAUAUCACUCAAUUACAGGCCACAUAUGACGAGCGGGAACUAAUGUUUCAAGUUGAUGCUUUGAUUUGA